UUCCUGAAAGUAAAGAGAGCUUCUGGAGGUUAGAGCUUCGCUUCACAUGUAACAGAAAAAGAUGUCUAAAAACACUAAAAUAGCUCUGGUGUUUGGAGGCUUUGUAACGGCGGUGGCUGCUGCGUUUUAUCCAAUAUUUUUCUAUCCACUGACACAUAAAGACGAGUACAGAGAAGUCCAGAAGGUGAACCGGGCAGGAAUCAACCAGGCGGAUGUUCAGCCUGCAGGUAUGAAGAUUUGGUCCGACCCGUUCAAGCCUGCAGACAAAUGAUGAGCAGAGACGGCCGAUCCUGCACGUCGUCGUUGGUCGUCGAGGAAUGCCUGAUGUGUGCCUGAGUGAAAUUCUUAUAUAUUGUUUGGAUUGCUUGAUUUGAAUGCGUUUCCACUUAAAUAAAGGUAAACAAUUAAAAAUGUGCAAAGCUGCUGUCCUUUUGUUGUCCACAAGGAGGCGCAGCAUCCCUGAGGAUUGUUCUGAAAGGCACUGAAGCAUGGAAGGGUUUAUUUUGGGGGGGUGGAGGGGGGUAUCU